AGUGUAAAAAUAGCAACUCUGAUAGGCUUUUAGAUCGCUAUUUGUUCCUUUUGGCAAAUAAUUAUAGAGAAGUAAUUUUGAGACCUAUGACUUUUCUAUAUAGUUACAUAGUGGACUAAUAAAGAUUAUGAGUGGACCCAUAGAAAAAAGAAAGGAUAAGGAAAUUUCUUAUCCCAUUAAUCUGAGUGCAUAGAAAUCAAUUACUUCUUAUCCCACUAAUCUGAGUGCAUAGAAAUCAGAUUGAGUAGAAAAAUGGGAGUGAGCAACAAAUACGUAGUGAUUAAGGACAGCUUUGAUGGUCCCCCUGAAGAGUACCAUUUUGAGAUUAAAACAGAAGAGGAUUUUACUCUAUCUGUUGACCAAGGAUCUGAUGAUAUAAUUGUCAAGAAUCUGUAUAUAUCUGUUGACCCUUAUCAGAUUAACCGCAUGAAACCCUCCAGUCCUUCUCAGAAUUCUAUUACUGCCGCAGCUCAAAUUAUUCCAGGCCAGGCUAUUGUUGCUCCUGUUAUUGGAAAAGUUGUGGCUUCUGGAAAUCCUAAGUUUCAGAAAGAUGAUUUGGUUAUGGGAUCAUUCACUUGGGCUCAGUAUAGUGUGGUUAAGGAACAAAGCAUAACCAAUAAAAUAGAUUCCACUGAAUUUCCACUCUCCUAUUAUCUUGGAGUUCUAGGUUGCAGUGGAUUGUCUGCAUAUGUAGGUCUUUUCCAACUGUGCGAACUCCAAAAAGGUGAAAAGGUAUUUGUUUCGGCAGCGUCCGGAUCAGUUGGAAAUUUGGUAGGACAAUAUGCAAAGCUAUUUGGUUGCUACGUUGUUGGCAGUGCUGGGAGCCAUAAGAAGGUUGCAUUACUCAAAGAAACAUUGGGAUUCGACGAUGCAUUCAACUACAAGGAAGAAAAAGAUCUAAAAUCUACUCUCAAAAGGUACUUUCCUGAUGGAAUUGACGUAUAUUUUGACAAUGUUGGAGGAAAAAUGCUAGAAGCAGCAAUUGCUAACAUGAAGGCAUUCGGUAGAGUGACUAUUUGUGGUGUAAUCUCUGAGUACACGGAUGCUGGAAGGAGAGCUUCACCAAAUAUGGUGGAUGUUGUGUACAAGAGAAUCACCAUUAGAGGAUUUUUAUGUAGUGACUUUAUGGAUGUUUUUGCAGAUUUUUUGGCUAAAACAUUUGAUUACCUUCGUGCUGGUAAGUUGCAGGUGAUUGAAGAGGUGUCAUUGGGAGUGGAAAGCAUCCCUUCUGGUUUUAUUGAACUCUUCAAUGGAGAUAACAUUGGAAAGAGAAUUAUAAAAUUAGAAGAUUAAUAAAUGAGUGAAUGGGAGAUGAGAAAUUUCAAUUUCAAGAAACUACAGUGAUGAAUUUUUGUUUAGAUUGUAUAAUAUUUAUUUAUGAUUGUAUAACAUUUGAAUUCCUAAAGAAUGAACACAUUGUGUCUUCAUUGUCAAUCAAUAUUCCUCUUUUCCAAAAGAUUUUUGUUGAGAGUUUAUCAAGUAAGGUUUGCCACCCGAACACAUUGAUCUUGGAUGAGGUGUUACUUUUCCACAUCUUUGAUAUGACUUGUUUUUAGUUUGCAUUAAAUGGCAAAGACAUGAAAGAAUUCAACCGUACUUCAUAAUAUAAUUUAGCUAUCAAAUUUGUAACUUUAUUUAGAAUACAACUA